CAUCAUCAGCGGUCAUCAAUACUAUCAGCGAUGGUUGUGCUCUCUUCCAUGUGCAUUUACUGAUACUCUCACUACUCAUGAAUAUUUCUGAGAACAGUGUGCUCGGCACCGUGCUGCCUCUUACUAGUUUCGAGAACGUGCUCGUGUUUCUCUUUAAUAUAAUUCUCGCCACCGCCAUAAUUUUUAUUAACGUCUCCGUGUUUGUCGCCAUCGUGAUGAACAGAUCCCUGCGCAGCGAGAACCGCUUCAUGUACAUGCUCAGCACGUGUCUCAGUGACAUCUGCACGGGCGUCUCGUAUUAUUAUUCUGGAGUUAUGGAUGUACGCGAUGAUUUUGAGUCUCCGCAUCGCACUUUCUACAUUGUUCUCACUUUUCUGGGUCUGUCCUAUAUGGCGAUUCUGGCCGCGCAAGCGGACCGCUACCACGCGGUCUCAGCGCCUUUCAAAUACUCGCAGCGCAUGACUCGAAACAGAACCCUGCUGGUGAUUCUGGCCUACUGGGUUUAUGCUUUUAUUUUAGUGGCUGUUUAUAAUUUGUUGACUACGGGGAUCACUAAGGCGGUGGCGGGCUUGGGUACUUUUGUGGCAAACAUUUUUAGUGUCAUUAUCAUGAUUGGCUUGAAUUUAAGGCUGUUUGUCAUCGCCAAAUUUCAGCUAGAACGCGAACCCCCGAGCGAGGAACGCGACAACAAGCGCGCGUCCAUUUAUCUCAUCAUAAUAGUAGCCGUGUGUUUUCUGAUUGCAUGGCUACCGUGGUUUCUUUUUAUGACUGUGUGUACUUUUAGAGGAGGUUCGUGUUAUUUGUUUAGAAAUGACGGCACAGACCCCCUGCGCAUUCUGGCGCGCAUCAAUGCGCUUAUCACUCCUUUACUGUACAUCAGAGGCUGUACUCCACUCAGGAGCACCAUAAUGAUUAAAGUCUGGAGAAUACCAUGCUGCAAGAGUAAAGGAGUGAAGCCACAGAAUAUGGAGAAGACUGUAGACUAGAUGUAGCAGGGAUCUUCAGGAUGUGACAAUCUUCGAGUGGCAGGACUUUUAAAGAGACUUUAAGGAUACACUGCCUGGCCAAAAGAAAAAAAAGUUUCCAUUUGGAUUUAAAUAAGCAAAUGCUUAAGAUUUCAUGACUGGAUCAUUAUUGCAGUGAAUAAUGUUUCUAGCAUGUGGUUCACAACAAUUAUUUUAACCCUAAAUGAUGCAAUAUGCAGCGUUUUAUUUCUUAAACAACCAUGUUGGAAGAUGUAUUUCAUGGCCAUAUUUUAGGAUGAUGAUGCCAGGAUUCAAUCGCUCAAACUGUAAAAUAUGGUUCAGGGAACAUGAGGAAUCAUUUUCACACAUGAAUUGGCCACCACAGAGUCCUGAGCUCCACUGAAAAUCUUUGGAUGUGCUGUAGUCGAUUUUACAGAGUGGUUUAACUCUCCCAUUGUCAAUACAAGAUCUUUGCCGAAAAAUUAAUGCAACUUUUAAAGGAAAUACAUUUUGUGAUGUUGCAUAAGAUUUUUGAAACCGUGGCAUGAUAAAUGCACAAAAGGCACUGCAUUUACAAAAUAUUACAGCAUGCAACAACCUUUUUUUUUUUUGGCCAGUGUAUAUUUAAAUAUUCAGUAGACAUCUGUGAAUCUAAAACACACAAGUUAAAGCUUACUCUGUGAACAGUUUCAUGUCCCUGUCCUUUUUCCCACUUGAUAUAUCUGUUGUAUCUUCAAAUAGCAUUUAAUAGAGCAAAUGUAUUAUUGCUUAUGCGUCUUAAUUUGACCUUCUUAGGAAGUAACUUAUUGAAAGCAGAUGAAUUAUAUAAA